CUCCAGGAUAUUAUCCUAGCACAGGGACAACUACUCAUUCCAAUUAUGUUCCUUCGUAUGGUUCUACACAAUCAACUGCAGUGAUUAUGCCAGAAAUCAUUUUAGUCGGAGGAUGCCCUGCCUGCAGAAUUACAUGAUUCAUCGACUCAGGAGGAAGUUUCCUAAUUUCAUCAAGGUCCUGCUGGCGAGAUCUGUUAAGACAAGGAGGCAAGAAAGGAAAACCAGUCGCGUACCGAGAAAUCUCAGUGAACAAUUGAGCCGAAGGAGCACCUCGGGACCAGACAGAAGAGAACCUCAAUGCGCAACUAUGCCGGCUAACGAGGAUACUUUGACCGAAUCCCCUGAACAGGCAGUGUCACAGAUCAGGAACAAUUUUCUGAGGAAAGUCUGUGACAGUGGUCUGCAGAACAAUCUUGCUCGUUCGUCCCUCGGUGAUGAGGAUUGCCAGAACGGUUGUCCAAAUUCCAUCAGCAAUGGGGACGUUCAGGAAGAUUUCUAUUACCAAAGUUUGCCAGUCAGGCAGCUCCAUGAGAAGUUCAUGAAGAGUUUUGUUGAUCUACUUCUGGAAGAGGCAAUUUUUAAGGGUACCUCAAGAGAGAAUCAAGUGGUGGAGUGGAUGGAGCCAGCUGCACUUCAAUCAGCCAUCGACUUGAAGCUCUCUGAUCAAGGAGUCUCUCAGAAGGAUCUCCUCAGCCUUGCUAGCAACGUGAUCAAGUACAGUGUAAAAACAGGCCACCCACGAUUUGUAAAUCAACUGUACUCCAGUGUGGAUCCGUACGGUCUACUUGGACAGUGGUUAACAGAUGCCUUGAAUCCAUCAGUAUACACUUAUGAGGUCUCUCCAGUGUUCUCUUUGAUGGAGGAAGAGUUGCUGCGAGAGAUGAGAAAGAUAGUUGGCUGGAAAGAUGGCAGAGGUGAAGGGAUAUUUUGUCCAGGCGGUUCCAUUGCUAAUGGUUACGCUAUCAACCUGGCACGUCAUCACAGGUUCCCUCAACUGAAGGAACUGGGUCUGUGCAGUGGUGGCAAAUUAAUAGUCUUCACGUCCCAGGAUGCUCAUUACUCAGUAAAGAAACUGAGCGCAUUCCUGGGUAUAGGUACCAGUAAUGUCUACGAAGUGAAAACAGAUAGCAGAGGGAAGAUGUGCGUGUCAGACUUGGAGGAGCAGAUCAGAAGAGCUUUCGAUGAAGGAGCAACUCCAUUAAUGGUCUCUGCCACGGCAGGGACAACCGUCUUGGGUGCCUAUGAUCCUCUGAGAGACUUAGCCAGCAUCUGUAAAAAGUACAAUCUAUGGUUUCAUGUUGACGCAGCUUGGGGAGGUGGGGCUUUAAUGUCCAGAAGGCACAGGUACCUUUUGGACGGUAUUGAAUUGGCUGACUCUGUUACCUGGAAUCCUCACAAGCUACUUGCUGCACCACAGCAAUGCUCAACACUGUUACUGCGCCAUGAGGAUCUCCUGCAGGCUGCGCAUGGCUUGAAGGCUAGUUACCUCUUCCAGCCGGACAAAUUCUAUGACACCUCCUUCGACAGCGGUGACAAACACGUGCAGUGCGGUCGUAGGGCAGACGUGUUUAAAUUUUGGUUCAUGUGGAAGGCGAAAGGCACACGGGGCCUCGAGAAACACGUGGAUCGUGUGUUCGAUUUGGCAGGGUACUUCACUGAAUAUAUAAGACACAGAGAGGGCUUCGAGUUGGUCCUUGAACCUGAAUGCACGAACGUGUGCUUCUGGUACGUGCCACCUUCAAAACGUCACUUACAGGGCGAGGAGUUGUCGAAGGUUCUCCAGAAAACUGGGCCAACUGUGAAAGAGCGUAUGGUGAAGAGGGGAUCGAUGCUGAUCACUUACCAACCGCUCCGUGAAUUACCUAACUUCUUUAGGCUGGUUCUGCAAAACUCUGGACUGACGGAAGGUGACAUGAGAUUCUUCGCGGAGGAGAUCGAGAGACUCGCCAACGACUUAUAGAAAUAAUUCAUAUAUCAUAGUAGCAUUGUUUGUGAGAAAAAUAUUUUCAGUUAGAUUCCGCCGAGGGAAUGUAAUAAAUAACACAGAGCAUUUUUGUUAACAACAGAAGCUCUCAAAAAAAUAUUUUUUUAAUAAUGAUAAGUUAAUUAGUAGAG